AUGUCAUUAUCCAUCCGAUUGCUUGAAAACUACUACCAAAUACAGUAUAGUUACUUGUGUACAAAUCCUCAACUUUUAAAUACUGCAACACCUAGCGCUAAUUUUGUAAUACAUGUGGAUAUACUGAUUAACAACAAUACAUUAACUACAAAAACUUUUGAUUCACAAUUAAUAACAGGAUUAGCUAGUAGGUUUGUAAAAUUUUGGGAAUUAUUGGAAUAUGACGUAAACUUAAACAUAUCAGAUGAUUCUAGUCACUCAUUUAAUAUGGGUUUAAAAUGCAAGAUAUUUGAAUUGUAUGCCCCCACUAAUUGUUUACUUUCCCUAAACUUAAAAUUGUCUAUUCUUACACAAGAAAAUACCAUUCACUUAGAAGAUAUGUGUACCAAUUUCAACUACUUAUUAUCAUCCUGGAAUCUUUUCAUGGAAACACAAGCUCCGUUUGUUUUUUCAGUGAUCGGUCGACAGUAUGCGAAAACCAACAUUUUCUGGUAUAGGAGAGUUCGAAGAGAUGUAUUGAAAUAUGACUCAAUGGAUUUAGACAAAGUGCUUAUAUUGUUGGAGGAUAAAAUCUCUCACAACUUUACAGUUCAACAAUUGUUGCUACAAAAUGUUAAAUUACAAUCAGUUUUAGAAUCUACGUCACCAGUAUCACGCAAGAGAGGCAGCGGUGCUAUCAAAUCUUACCCUGUUGUCUUAAUAGAAUGA